CUUUAUAGAUGGCUACAGAAAAACAACUGUCCGUGGUGACAUAAUCAUCUAUUCUUAUAUAUUUAUGGAUGACAUAGAAGCAUGAACAGUGUAAUUAAUGUUAUUUUUUAAGAAAUUCGUAUGAACCCAAACGAGCAAUACUCUGAACAAAGUGGAAUCUCUGCCGCAAGGGGUCCCAAUUCUUUGUCAGAACAACGUCCAGAGACAGGCGACGGAAUGAAGCGUGCGGCAGCAAAACAGAUGAUAGAAAGAUACUAUUACCAACUAACAGAUGGCUGCGGAAACGAACAUUGUCAAAACAAAGACUGUGCUUCAUGUCCAACCUUUGCUUUUCAAGAAAAAUCAAAAAACGAACUUGCUGUGAAAGCAAUAGAUUUGUUCAAAGAAAAGGCUAAGUUAUGUGGAUCCCUACCCACUAAAGUUCCUCGAGCUGAAAAUGCAGCUGGACCAUCCAAACUCAGCAAUGAAGAAAAUGCAACAACAGCAAAUGUUGUAUUGGGGGGAGCUUCUUCCUCAUCCAAAGCACACAGUGGAGCAGAAUCUUCUAAAACAGCGAAGGUCUUCGUGGAGGAAAAGCCGUCCUCGUCCAAAGGCCAGACAACUGCCUUGUUCUCCCAGCAGUCAACAUGCAAUGUUAUAAAACCCAUCCCUACUCCUGCUGCAGAGACGAUAAACUAUUUGACAGAGGAGAAGGUUAUUAAGUUGAUUAAAGACUGUGAAGGAGAAAACAGCUGGUCAAAAUUGAUACGAGUGAUUGGUGCCACAUUCAAUAAUGCUGAUUCACUAAUCAUGAGUUUCCGAAGAAACGAUCACAAUAUAAGUGACCAUGGGAAUGUAGUUACAGAAGAGAAAGGUGAUGAACGAGUUAGUGCCAUUCGCUCUGAUGUAAGUUCUUGUGAUAAAGAAGUCAGUUAUUCUUUGGACCUGGAAGCAGUACGAAGAACUUUCAAAGCCUUAAUGAAGAUUCCGGGCUUGCCUUACCAAGGUGCUUUAGUGAAUGCUUUGUCUAGUUUAUCCCGUAAUGUUGAAAUGGAACUCAGAUAUCGGAGACCCAUGGAACAAAAUCCCAAUUAUAUAAAUAUAUUUUUGAUUGUGAUGGAAAUUCCCCUUGACGAGCACGAGGAAUUAUUGGAAAACUCCUUUCCAGAGUUCUGCAAGGCGUUGGGUCACAUGAACAUGUCAGGACAAGCAAAACUGGCGAGAAUUUGGUCCACCUUCGGAGAUGAUUGGCUAAUGCAGAAGACCAGGCUUCUUCAUCAGGUGAUAACCAUGAAAAUUGCCCAGAAUCAUGGCAGAUGGGGUAGAGUGUAUCAGUUGAAUGAAGACGAAGGAAUCGCAGGUUCCACGAAAGUGAUGAAGAUUCUAUUCUAUGCCAGCAUAAUAGGAGGUUCGAUGGACCCUGACUCUGUGCUGGCCGAGGAGAAGGAAACGAACGAAUCAGAGGAAAGCCUGCAGGACAUGCUACAGGGUGGGGCCGUAGGACACGAACCUAAGGACCUGAAUAAACCUAAGGAGGAUCCCCUCGCCAAUGAACUUCGUGUGUCUGUCCUGGACUGUCGCAGACCAUUAGUUCCCUAUGAUGAAUUUGUAAACGAACUCUUGAAUGAAUACGUCGACAUUGAGGCAGACUACAAGAACAAGAUGGAGAAUAAGUUUUCUUUCAUGAAUCACAGCUUUAUCUUAACUACUGCAUCCAAACACACGUGCAUGUAUAUUGACAACAGGGUCAGAAUGUAUAACGAGAGACGGUCUUCCAUUUUAAACACCUUAGUGCGAGGCCUGCCCCCCAUCCCUUUCUUGCGACUCCGAGUGAGGAGAGACCAUCUUAUAGAUGAUGCCCUUGUAAAUCUUGAAAUGACGGCCAUGGAUAAUCCUCAGGAUCUGAAAAAGCAGCUGAUCGUGGAGUUCGAGGGAGAACAUGCCAUGGAUGAAGGAGGCGUGUCCAAAGAGUUCUUCCAACUUGUUGUAGAGGAAAUAUUUAAUCCAGAUUUUGGUAUGUUUACAUACAAUGAACACACUAGGCAGUUCUGGUUUAAUCCCACCUCCUUUGAGAAUGAUGGACAGUUUACUCUGAUUGGGAUAGUGCUGGGGCUGGCUAUAUACAACAGCACAAUUGUGGACAUCCACUUCCCGUCUGUAGUGUACCGGAAGCUGAUGGGAAAGAAAGGCCGGUUUGAAGACCUGAAAGAUUUGGAUCCGACACUUUAUGCAAGUCUACAGCAAAUGUUGGAGUAUGAAGGCGAGGAUUUGGAGGAUGUGUUCAUGCAGCCAUUUAAAAUUGGCUACAAAGAUGUGUUUGGAUGCGAUUUGACUCAUGAACUCAAAGAGAAAGGUGCAGACACACAUGUCAACCACGGUAACAGACAGGAGUUCGUUGACCUGUAUUCAGACUUCAUGCUCAACAAAUCUAUUGAGAAGCAGUUCCGAGCCUUUAAGCGAGGAUUUAACCUGGUGACCAACGAAAGUCCGCUACGCAUGCUAUUCCGGCCAGAGGAAGUGGAACUCUUGAUCUGUGGAAGCACACAUUUCGAUUUCUAUGACCUACAGAAGUCGACAGAAUAUGAUGGAGGUUUUACAGUGGACUCUCCAACAAUCCUACAUUUCUGGGAGAUAGUGCAUGAAUUCACGGAGGAUCAGAAGAGACGCUUGUUACAGUUUACCACGGGAACAGAUCGAGUCCCGGUGGGUGGGCUAUCCAAGAUCAAACUAAUCAUCGCCAGGAACGGCCCUGACUCAGAUAGACUUCCGACAGCUCACACCUGUUUUAACGUAUUACUUCUACCGGAUUACUCCACCAAAGAAAAGUUGAAAGAUAGGCUGGAAAAAGCUGUAGAUUACUCAAAAGGCUUUGGUAUGCUGUGAUAUAAACCAAGUGCUGCCAAGAUUGGUUUAUGCAUCAAUUGUAUAUCCUACUUGUUCUUCAAACUUCAUGUCUUGUAAAACAAAUGCAUUGAUAAUUUUUUUUGAUAUUCUAAUAUUUCGGUUAUUGCAAAAAUUGAAGAAGAAAAAAUGAAAUCAACAAGAUAUAAGUUUCAAUGUGAAAUAUCAAAAUUUAUGAAAUGCUGUUCAGAUAAGAAGCUGUGUACCGUUAGGUCAAAAUAAAAUCAAUUUUUGAAGAUAAAAAAUAAUAUCAGGUUUAUCAACUUAUUGCAAAUUUGUGAUCCAGAGCUGUAUUGCAGUUUAAAGAUAAAAUAUGUUUUACUCAUUUUUAAUGGGUGCCUAAAAUGAAUGAUUUAACAAAUUCUGAAUUUGAAACAAGGUAUAAGAAUGGUGUGUAAUUUGCAUUUAAAAUUUUUAAAAGUCCUUGUACAAGUUUAUAUCUAAUUAAGGGAAUAAUUCCCACCUAUAAGAUCUCUUGUACAUGUAGUUUAAAAUGUUGAAAAGGGUAAAAAAAAAAUCCUAAAAGCUGCAUGCAUGUCUGACAAUUUAAAAAAAAUAAUGAAAUUCAUCUACAUGUACUAACGGCUAUUCAGUAUUUAAACAAGAACAAUUAUUUUAUCUUGCUUGAAUGAUUAUGGAUAAAGUGAUAGUAAUUUAAUUACCAAUAUCCAGAAGUUUAAAAAUGUUUCCUUGCAAAAAUCUUCUCUAGAAUGGAGGCAAGGUGUUGUUGACUUGUAAAAAAUUGAUUACCUUUCAAUGUGCCAGGAUGUUACAAGUGCCAAAUCUGUCCUUACAAGAUCUGCAGAUGGAUAUCAUUUGUCUGUUACUAUUGUUUGUUAAGAUUUUUUCUUUUACCAAUCUCAUACUUGGUAAAUUUUACCUUGGCCCCAACUCUAAACUUUAAAAAUCAGAAAUACAAUGGCAAGAAUUUAAAUAGAUAAUGUUUUAUAAUGGGAAUAAAAAUGUACAUUGUAUAUCUACAUUUGAAGAGAUAAAUUCUGCCAUUUUGUACUUAGAUUAUUGUUCUAGCACACAUAAAUGUACAGGUAAGUGUUGAUAAUAGAAAUUUCCCCUUGAUACUAUCUGCAUGUUUGAUGUUCAGUGUCUGUUUUAACUUUUACAGAAAACGCUGUGUGCUUAAUUGUCACAAAUGUAUCUCAGUUCUUUUUUUCUGACGUCAGUUUGUAUCCAAUUGGGUUUUUAUUCCUGUUUAGUGAAUGCUCUGAGCCUUAAAAUUUCAAAUGUAUUUAUUGAGAUUUUGAAGAAUUUUGUAUCGUUUGGUUAUGCAGAGUGAUGAAUUUACAAGUAAAAAGGAUGUAUACAUGUAAGAAAUCUCUGUGCUACUAAUACAUGUAUAAGUAAAAUGCUGUCAUUUUUUUCCCUUAGAAAUGCAGCAAAUUUUUUUUAAAGAUGGUCUUAAAUUCUCUUUAGAAAUAGGAUUUUUUCUGUUGUGUGUGUUGUGGGUUUCACAAUUUGUUUACUCAAAAGUCAAGUAUAAAUGAGAAUAAAGGGCCCCCAAUCCCUUAGGUGGUGCAAGCAGAUUUUGCAAGUGAAAAUGAUUUGAUAGAACAAUGAAAUUUUAUUUUCAUCUUGGGGAAACCAAUGAUUAAAUUAUGUCUAGAAAUCCUGCAUAUAUACAGCUGUAGUGUUACAUUGCUCGACAGAACCUAGCAUCACAUUCAAUGUGUAAUGUGGAAUCAUCAUUGUCCAUGGCAGGUCAAUAAAUCAUGUGGAUUUUGUGGUUACCAAUUACAAGUAUUUUCAUCCCGCCAACUUUGGUAUUGGGUUCAUGUACCAAUGAACAAAAACUUCCUUUCAAUUCAGGAAAGUUACCCACAAAAAAAAUUGAAAACCACCAUCCAGACACUUUUAUUACAACCCAAGAACAUUGACUUGCUAUGAAAUGGAAUGAUUCCACUGCAUGAAAAGAUCCACUUUAUCUUCAGCAUGACAGAAAUCAAGUGUAAACUUGUCAAGUUCAAUAAAUGCUAUGUCAAAAGAA